UCUGCCUCUCCAAGGAGACCGGCCGGUGACCACCCGACCAGAACUUGCCCAUUGAAAGCAAGCCCGGAACAGCCGGAGAAUGUCCACCCCGAGCAGAUUCAAAAAGGACAAAGAGAUCAUAGCCGAGUAUGAAAGUCAAGUGAAAGAGAUCCGAGCUCAGCUGGUGGAGCAACAGAAAUGCCUCGAGCAACAGACAGAGAUGCGGGUUCAGCUGCUCCAGGACCUGCAAGACUUCUUCCGGAAGAAAGCUGAAAUCGAGACGGAAUAUUCCCGGAACCUGGAGAAGUUGGCGGAAAGGUUCAUGGCCAAAACGAGAAGCACCAAGGAUCACCAGCAGUUCAAGAAAGACCAGAACCUGUUGUCUCCAGUGAACUGCUGGUAUUUGCUCCUGAACCAAGUGAGGAGAGAAAGCAAAGACCACGCCACCCUGAGCGACAUCUAUCUGAACAAUGUCAUUAUGCGGUUCAUGCAGAUAAGCGAGGAUUCCACCCGGAUGUUUAAAAAGAGCAAGGAGAUCGCAUUCCAACUGCAUGAGGACUUAAUGAAGGUUCUUAAUGAACUCUACACGGUGAUGAAGACAUACCACAUGUACCAUGCCGAGAGCAUCAGUGCAGAGAGUAAGCUGAAGGAAGCCGAGAAGCAAGAGGAGAAGCAGAUCGGGAGGUCCGGAGACCCCGUCUUCCACCUCAGACUAGAAGAACGGCACCAGAGGCGCAGCUCCGUGAAGAAAAUUGAAAAGAUGAAGGAAAAGAGACAAGCAAAAUAUUCAGAAAACAAGCUGAAAUCGAUUAAAGCAAGGAAUGAGUAUCUCCUGACACUCGAAGCAACCAAUGCCUCGGUGUUCAAGUAUUACAUUCACGAUCUUUCAGACUUAAUCGAUUGCUGUGAUCUUGGCUACCAUGCAAGUCUGAACAGAGCCCUCAGAACGUACCUCUCAGCAGAGUACAACCUUGAAACCUCCAGGCAUGAAGGCUUGGACAUUAUCGAAAAUGCUGUUGACAAUUUAGAGCCAAGGAGCGACAAGCAGAGAUUCAUGGAGAUGUACCCUGCUGCCUUCUGUCCACCAAUGAAGUUUGAGUUUCAGUCUCAUAUGGGUGAUGAGGUGUGUCAGGUCAGCGCGCAGCAGCCAGUCCAGGCGGAGCUCAUGCUCCGGAACCAGCAGCUGCAGUCCCGACUGGCCACACUCAAGAUCGAGAAUGAGGAGGUCAAGAAAACGACCGAAGCCACCCUCCAGACUAUCCAAGAUAUGGUCACUAUCGAAGACUACGAUGUGUCCGAGUGCUUCCAGCACAGCCGGUCCACAGAGUCCGUCAAGUCCACCGUGUCUGAAACCUACCUGAGUAAACCCAGCAUCGCCAAGAGACGUGCUAACCAGCAAGAAACGGAGCAUUUCUACUUCAUGAAACUCCGAGAGUUCUUGGAAGGCAGUAAUCUCAUCACAAAGCUUCAGGCUAAGCAUGACUUGCUGCAGAGGACUCUUGGAGAAGGUCAUAGAGCUGAAUAUAUGACUACAAGGCCUCCAAACGUCCCCCCUAAGCCCCAGAAACACAGGAAGUCCAGGCCCCGCUCCCAGUAUAAUGCUAAGUUGUUUAAUGGGGAUUUGGAGACAUUCGUCAAGGACUCAGGCCAGGUUAUCCCUCUUAUCGUGGAAAGCUGCAUUCGGUUCAUUAAUCUUUAUGGUCUUCAGCAUCAGGGGAUUUUCAGAGUGUCUGGUUCGCAGGUGGAAGUGAACGAUAUCAAAAAUUCCUUCGAGAGAGGUGAAAAUCCUUUGGCCGAUGACCAGAGCAACCACGACAUUAACUCUGUGGCCGGAGUUCUGAAGCUCUACUUCCGGGGGCUGGAAAACCCCCUCUUUCCCAAGGAAAGGUUUAAUGACCUGAUUUCUUGUAUCAGAAUAGAUAAUCUCUAUGAGAGAGCGCUUCACAUCCGCAAACUGCUCCUGACCUUGCCCAGGUCGGUCCUUAUCGUGAUGAGAUAUCUGUUUGCCUUCCUCAAUCACCUUUCCCAGUACAGCGACGAGAACAUGAUGGACCCUUACAAUCUGGCCAUCUGCUUCGGCCCAACGCUGAUGCCUGUUCCAGAAAUACAGGACCAAGUAUCCUGCCAGGCACACGUGAACGAAAUCGUGAAGACCAUCAUCAUCCAUCAUGAGACCAUCUUCCCAGAUGCUAAAGAGCUGGAUGGCCCCGUGUAUGAGAAGUGUAUGGCUGGAGGCGACUACUGCGACAGCCCAUACAGUGAGCAUGGUACACUGGAGGAAGUGGACCAGGACACCGGCACCGAGCCCCACACCAGUGAAGAUGAGUGUGAGCCAAUCGAAGCAAUCGCCAAGUUUGACUAUGUCGGGCGGUCUGCUCGAGAGCUGUCCUUCAAGAAGGGUGCGUCCCUCCUGCUGUAUCACCGUGCCUCUGAGGACUGGUGGGAAGGCAGACACAACGGCAUUGAUGGGCUCGUCCCUCAUCAGUACAUCGUGGUGCAGGACAUGGAUGAUACAUUUUCAGACACUCUGAGCCAAAAAGCUGAUAGUGAAGCCAGCAGCGGGCCAGUCACUGAAGACAAGUCUUCAUCCAAGGACAUGAACUCUCCAACUGACCGCCAUUCUGACAGCUAUUUAGCCAGGCAAAGAAAAAGAGGAGAGCCACCCCCUCCAGGAAGACGUCCUGGCAGGACCAGUGAUGGCCAUUGUCCCCUUCAUCCCCCACAUGCUCUUUCCAACUCCUCAAUUGAUCUGGGGUCCCCAAACCUAGCUAGUCACCCCAGGGGCCUGUUGCAAAAUCGUGGCCUCAAUAAUGACAGCCCUGAGCGACGGCGACGGCCGGGCCAUGGCAGCCUGACCAACAUCAGCCGCCAUGACUCCCUCAAGAAGAUUGAUAGCCCUCCUAUCAGGAGGUCGACGUCAUCAGGGCAAUACACAGGCUUCAAUGACCACAAGCCACUGGACCCAGAAACAAUUGCUCAGGAUAUCGAAGAGACUAUGAACACUGCUUUGAACGAACUCCGGGAACUAGAAAGACAGAGCACGGUGAAGCAUGCCCCCGAUGUUGUGCUGGACACCUUGGAGCAAGUGAAAAACUCACCCACCCCUGCAACCUCCAUGGAAUCUCUAAGCCCCCUGCACAACGUCGCCCUCAGGAGCUCGGAGCCUCAGAUUCGCCGGAGCACGAGCUCAUCCAGUGAUACAAUGAGUACUUUCAAGCCGAUGGUGGCGCCCAGGAUGGGCGUGCAGCUGAAGCCCCCAGCCCUUAGGCCAAAGCCUGCUGUUCUUCCAAAAACAAACCCUACUGUAGGGCCCGCUGCACCUUCCCAGGGUCCCACAGACAAGUCUUGCACGAUGUAGAAACCAAGGUCCUGAGGGGAGGGAGUCUGAAGAUGAAGAUGGAUUAGUGACAGUAGUCCGUGACGUUCCUCAGUCUUGCGCCUAUAACUGGAGAUCUUUUUGACUUUUCUAUGUCGUCGAAUGUAAUGGUGUCGGGGACUAGCUACAUUAACAUGGGCAUUUGUAUUUUGUAACCUUUUUUAAUAACUGGACAUAUGUCAUUUUAAAGACAAUAGAAACUCUCAGACUUACUUGAAAAUCCAGUGCUGCAGCCCUUGUCACGAAGGCGACACCUUGCCCCCUGAUGGCUUUGGAUUGUGUGGCCCAGGUGAGUGGCCUGCGAGAAAGAGAACCCGAGUUCCAGGUCUUACUGGAGUAUCACCCGCCAUGGUCUGUGACACGUGCGGGAAGAGCCAUUGUCUAGAAACCAACACCGAGCAUCCAGAGUGGGGUCCAGCACCUGUUAAAAGUCACAGAGGGGGCUUCAGUGAGACUUUCAGUCCAUGGCUUGCAGGGAGUCCAUGAUGGCCCCUUCCAUAAAUGUCAUUUCCCUGGAUCUGGGUUAAGAACUCAAUGGAAGAAGGUAGGAAAACCUCAGCUAUUGCUUGAACUGAACCUGAAAGGCAGAGGAGACAGUGUCUCCAGAGCUGUUGGCAUUGCUCCCUCCGAGAACGCGAUCAGGCCCUGGAGAUGUCCAAGUCCACCACCUCCACUUGCAAAGGACUAGAGCAGUUGAAUAUUGAGGACUUUGCGGUUACAGCACAAACUCCUACGAAGUUGUUCGAUAACUGCCUGAGAAAUAUUUCUCCCUUCCUUCAAACCCCAUGCUCUCCUUUAUGGCAAUGGAAAUAGACAGACAGGAAAUUGAUUCACGGAUGUUGUGACCCAAUUACCUUGCUUCCUUUAGGCCACAGAGGCCAGAUGGUCCCAAAUCCUGAACUCCCAGCUCUGAUGCCCACAUCUCUUUGAGCCAAGCCAGAUCUGGCUACGGUACUGAGUGAGAGCCCUGCCGGGCCACCAUGGGAAGAUGACCCUGUGGUGCCAGGAUGGCCUCUUCCCAGUUUUGUACCUCAGAAUCAUGACUUCUGUUCUUGUCCUAUUCGUGUUUGGUUUGUUAUUUUGGAUUUUUGCCUGUGACCUCUACAGAACUCAUCUAGUCAAAUGGACACCGUUAGGAACUUCUUUCCUGGCAUUUUAGCGCAUAGCCAUUUUUUUCUUUUUCAUGUAUUCACUAUAUUUUUCCUCUAGCUUAAAAAAGAAAAUGGCAGAUUGUGUGUUUGUUUAGUACUGGGAUUGAACCGGAGGCCUCUUGCAUGCUAAACACACACUUUACCACCAAGUUCUAUCCACCCCCACGCCCAGAUUGUCCUGAACACAACUGUUUUUACUAAGGUACAGAUCGCCCCUUUGGACACACCAUCAAUCACCUUUUAGGUUUAAUCUCAGACUGGCGUGCCCACCUCAGAGUGGUACGGUGUUGACGAUAAUUCACGCAGGAACCAAGUAAGAGCUGUACUAAAGUCAAGAUCAUGAGUGACCGCUACCUCAGUUUGCCGACCUAAUCAUUCCUUUGCAGAAAAACAAUGUGGAUGAAAUAGUCCCUUUCCAAGUCACCCUCCUCAUCUCACAACCACCCCUAGGUACUUCCCGGGAUGGUAAGGUUUUAAACCUCACAAUUGCCAGUGGUGGUGGUGGUGGUGGUGCACACCUUUAAAUCCAGUACUCGGAGGCAGCAGAGACAGGCAGAUCUCUUGAGUUCAAAGCCAGCCUGGUCUACAGGAUGAAUUAUUCCAGGACAGCCAGAACUACACAGAGAAAAAUAAUUCAAAAAAUUUAGAACCAUUCUUUUUGGCCAUUUUGUAAAAGAAACCAUAGAGACCCAGCCAGGAUUGAGGUUUGCUGGACACUGAGCCUUUUAAACAUCCCACCUCUAGUUUCCUUGGGAGUUCAUCGUCUCCUCAGUGAACCCGCCAUUUACUAGAAAUCAAUAUCAAUUUUUCAAACCAUGUUUCUUCUUUGCUGGACGAUGCUAACAGAAGGCGUAAGAAGCUAGGCUUUAGGAGCUAUUUGUAAAUACCUUUCUUGCCCAGCGGUGGUGGCGCACGCCUUUAAUCCCAGCACUUGGGAGGCAGAGGCAGGCGGAUCUCUGUGAGUUCGAGACCAGCCUGGUCUACAAGAGCUAGUUCCAGGACAGGCUCCAAAACCACAGAGAAACCCUGUCUCGAAAAACAAAACAAAACAAACAAACAAAAAAAAACAUGAAUACCUUUCUUAAACUUGAAUUUUAGUUUUCCCCAUCUUCCUCCUCCAAACAGCUCUCUGGCAAUCCUCUCCGCCCACCCCACCCCUGCUGCAACCCCACUGCUGCCUUCUGUGCGUCCAUCUAUGCCUUUCUGCCCCCCUAGGUCAGGCCUUUGCUGCCUUGAAAGAGAAAGGACAUGCUUUUGUAAGUCCCUUGGGAUCUCAGGCCUGGGCCUCCAGGGAAUGGCUCCUAGUUCCCUCCCAUCCUUCACUUGCCUUUUCCUCCCUCUUCUCUCCUGUAGUCCCAGUGACGGUUCCAGAUGUCCCCAGAGAAGCAAUCACCUUUCCUUCCUUUGCCUAGUGAUGGACCAACAGUUUUACAGCUUUACAUUUGGCGUGGGCACCCUUGGAGCCAUGCACAGAAUAGUUUAAGAUAAGAUGUCCCCUGCACGGAGGAUCCUAAACAGUCACUAGAGCUGACUAAAGGCUGUAGCAGCUGAGACAGGUCGCCCUGGCAGGGUUCAAGGUGGAGCGCACAGAGGAAAGGGACAAGGAAAGGAAGGAAAUGCAUGGACCCUGAGGUCCUCCGUCCUCUCCAGACCUUAGUGACCAUAUGCAGUUCAGGGAGGGGGUCGUUGGAUGAGCAGAUUGUAGUCUACAACACUGCCUGACUCCACGUACACAAAAUAGCCAUAGUUGUUAGGACUGUGUGCUUUGUCCCGUCCGUACAACCCUGGUGCCGAUUUACAAAGCCCUCUGGUGUAAGUUGGGGUUUGAGUGAUGGAUUGUUAGAAACCGAGUGCACAUUUUUUAAAGAGUGUCCCAAUAAAAUGUCAAACUGUUGAGGACACUCUGGAGCUCAAGUUCUUGCUGCAGGUCAGCAUCACUGUUCACCAGUCUUACUUGUGUUCACAAAACAUAAACUAACUGUGGUGCUCCGGGAGCCAUCCGUGGAAUACUUCACAGUGAGGUCCCACUUAUUCUGCUACCAUAGUCAUGAAUGGACAAAGAACUCCCAAGGGUCAGAUGGUCUCUGAGUUUUCUAUAUACAUUUGCCAUUCCCAAAAAGGCUUUUUGAUUUAAUUAAGAAGGGGGAAAGAGAGUUGGGUUGGUGGAGGUGGUCUCGGCAUUUAGGAGUGGCUCAGCCUCUGAUGUCUACAAACUGAAGGAACCAUGAUCUGACAUCUGAGAUCCAACAGUAAAGAGACUGUCCAUCCAUUGAGAUCUCAGAUUUGGGUUGCUCCUUAUUCCUGACCACAACAGCAAAGACCAUAAAUGCAGGAAAUGCAUUUGGGAUACCAUCUCCACUCUGCCACUGAGACCCCGGGACACAGAGAGCCCAGAGCUGAGAGCUCUACCCAUGUACAAAUAGAACCUUCCUAUUUCAGACCCCCCCCCCCCCGAGCUGAAAGCCCCCCUCAAGCUCCAGCUGGGCUGGAGUACCAGGCUUGCAUUGGGAUGACUUCACACAGAUAGUAAAGCCAGAGACUAAGCCUAGCUUUCGCUCAUCCUCCUAUACUUUAUUUAAAAAAGAAAAUGUCUCAGUGGUAUAAUCAAAAUGGGUACCUGUACCUUUAAAUUAUAUAGGGAAUUUUGUAUGUUUAAAUAAUUGUACUGGGCUCCAUAAUGCUUACCUUAGAAACUAGUAAAAGAGAACUCUAGAAACUGCGCAUCUGUGAAUGCUCCUUCCGAGCGUGCUCAUCUAAGUUCGUGUGUAGUGUGAUGGUUGCUGUAGAUACUUAUCGUGUAGUAGAUGGCCCUCUUAACAGGAGACUGCUCUUCCCCUGCGUUCCUACUGGUGACUCCUGCCCACGAAAUUGAAAUCAGUAUUGUCCUUUGCUGUCGGUUUGGUCAGUUGCAGUACUGGUUGCUUCCUGCUUGUGACAGUGACCUACCCGUGUCAAUGUACAUCUGCAGUAUGUACAUGUGAAAGUGCCUUCCUAUCUUAGAGGAGUUUAGCCUUGCUCUUGUACUGUCGCCCACGGUGUCCCGCGCGCCCGAGAACUCCGGCUCCUUCCACUUGCUCCCGCCGCUCCACCAGCCCCACUUCCGUUUCUUCCUGCGCCUCAGUGCUCAGUCGUGUGCGUCUUGCAUCCAUGUGGAUUAUCAGACUGUCUCGUUACCCUCAUAGACGUGACCGUGCCUUUCUCGCCCCUCAGUGACUCCCUGCCACCGGUCCCAUGCGUCCUACUGUGUCCCAUUCACACUGCUACCUGCCAUCCCGUCCCUGGCUCUAUACUGACUCUCCAAUGCAUCCCCCCCCCCCCUCCGAGGUGAAGAGAAGAGGGUGCUUUUACAGUCCUGGAAGAAAAGAAAAUGUUUUGUUAAUCUGUCGUGACAACGCACUUUUCUGUAUAGUACUAUACUUCUUGGCAUGUACCAUUACAGGCUUCAGUAUACAGUCGGGUUUGUUCUUCGAGGUGUAGCUUUAUAAUAAAUACGAUAGUUCUGGCCGCCUUUGUCUGCUUGC